GCGAUGGAGGCUAAUGGACGCCAAUGGGUGCUUUCUGGUGUUUCUGGUUCGCUGCUGGAGUUCAGUGGAGUUUGAGGCCCCCGAGAGUUGCGCCAAUGUAGACGUAGCAUCCUGCUUCGGGGGGACAGUUGUUAAAUGUCGAGAUAAAACAACAACAUUUUCUUCGCACUUUUCCAGUGCAAAUUGCAAUGUAAUUACUGUAUAUAAAUGUGUUGAGCGUACAGUCAAAAUGACGGUUACGUGGAAAAAGCUAAAGGAACAUCUGGGCGUAGCAAUCCACAAUUUUGGACAAAAUGGACCACAUAGAUUGCCGCUGACAGUUGGAGAAGUGGUCCAGUUGUUAGAAGAAUGUGACGACUGGUAUUAUGGUUGUAGUAAAUAUAAAGGAACUAGGGGUAUUUUCCCAAAAUCAUACAUAUAUAUUUUACCUCAAUCAAUGAACAUGGAAGCUCUCACACAUGAAAUUACUAGUGUUCUUAGAGAAUGGGGACAUCAUUGGAAGCAUUUAUAUGUGACACAUUCGGAACACUUUUCUACAAUUCAACAGCAAAUUAUUGAAUUAAUUGGAUAUAGAAGUAAAAUUCUUAGUGGUACCUUAACCGUUGAUGAGUUAAAAGACAUGAAGAGACUGGCCACUGCCAGAAUAGAUACUGGUAAUCAACUAUUGGGUUUGGACAUGGUAGUUCGUGAUGAACACGGCAAUGUACUAAAUCCUGAACAAACUAGUACGAUUCAAUUAUACUAUCAUCAUGAAACAGCUGCAGAGAGAAUCAGAAAAGCGACAACGGAAACGAAGAAGAAACCAAGCAAGCCUCAAGUACCGGUAUACUCUCAUAUAUUUUUUGUGAGUGUACGAAACUUUGUAUGUAAAAUGGCUGAAGAUGUGGAGUUGCUUUUGACACUGUACGAUGGUCGAGAGAUGAAGGCGAUUACAGAAAAUUAUGUUGUAUCGUGGAGUAAAGAAGGUCUUGCCCGUGAUAUUGACCAACUCCACAAUUUGCGAGUUUUGUUCACUGAUCUCGGUUCUCGAGAUCUAUCUAGGGACAAAGUAUACUUGGUUUGUUAUGCUAUCCGGGUAGGUAGCAUGGAAGCAAAAGAGAUCGAUCAUCGUCGCUCAAGUAUCGUUCCUAAUAACCAGAAAACUAAAAGCUUAGAUAAUAUGAGAAGACCAUUUGGUGUUGCUGCAAUGGAUAUCACUCUUUAUAUCACGGGAAAGCUCGAGGGAGAUGUGGAACAUCAUCAUUUUAUACCAUUUUUACAAUGCUGUGAGAAGGAGAGCCUGGAUGGAACGUUACGUAGGAUCCUCGCGCAAAAGGAAGCGAGUAAUCAGAAGAGCGGAAGUGGAAGCAGCACUGGAAUCGCUGGUGGACAAGGAUUGUGGGCUAGUUUAAAAUUACUUCGAGGAGACACGAAACAAGUACGCGAAGAGAACCCGCAUCUAGUUCUGGGUAACGUGGCCAUUGCCCGAAAAAUGGGAUUUCCAGAAGUCAUACUUCCAGGAGACGUCAGGAAUGAUUUAUAUCUUACAUUGGUUUGUGGAGAGUUCAGCAAAGGAUCCAAGUCGACCGAUAAAAACGUCGAAGUUACUGUAAAAGUUUGUAACGAAGUCGGCAUCCCUAUUCCCGGGGUGAUGAAGCUUGGUGGCGGUGCUCAGCCGAUCGAUGAGUAUCGUAGUGUUAUUUAUUACCACGAAGACAAGCCACGGUGGUGUGAAACUUUCAAGAUCGCUGUGCCGAUAGAAGAGUUCAAGCAGGCUCACCUGAAAUUUACCUUUAAGCAUCGUAGUUCCAACGAGGCUAAAGAUAAAUCUGAGAAACCCUUCGCGUUGAGUUAUGUGAAAUUGAUGCAGCGCAAUGGCACUACCCUGCAAGAUACUCAACACGAGUUGCUAGUUUAUAAAUUGGAUCAUAAGAAGUACGAGGAGAAUGAAACGACAUAUCUAAAGUUGCCAGCUACCCGAGGCGAAUUGCUAGAAUUAAAUGCAGAAAAAAAGCCAACACUUGGUCCAUUGAGUCUGAGUUCAAAAGACAAUUUUUUAAUAUCGACAAACGUCUGCUCGACGAAAUUAACCCAAAAUGUCGAUUUACUGGGCUUAUUGAAUUGGGCGUCGCGCCGUACGGAUUUAAAAGAAUCUCUCACGGCUCUGAUGAAGGUUGAUGGGGAAGAAGUAGUCAAGUUCUUGCAGGAUGUUUUGGACGCUUUGUUUAAUAUUCUAAUGAGUAAUUCUGAUAGCGAUGCCUACGAUGAUAUGGUUUUUGAGUGUCUCUUAUAUAUUAUCGGAUUGGUGUCGGAUAGGAAGUAUCAACAUUUUCAACCAGUAUUAGAUUUAUACAUAUCCGAAAGUUUCUCCGCAACGCUUGCAUAUAAAAAGCUAAUUGCAGUUUUACGUAAAAGGAUUGAUAGCGCUGGUACUAAUGAUGGCCAAGAAAGAGACUUGUUGCUCAAGACGAUGAAGAGCUUACAGUACUGCAUGCGAUUUGUUGUCGAGUCCCGUUUGCGGUUUACAGAAUUGGAUCAGGAUGAGGAAGAAUUUUCACAAACUCUAACUGAAUUAUUGAAAUCCAUUGUGGAACUGAUGAGCCACGAAACUGAUAGCACUCUAUUGGUACAAGGAGCCUGCCUCAAGUAUUUGCCAACUACAAUUCCACAUUUGUUGCGGGUUUACAGUGGAAAACAAUUGAGCAAUAUUUUGACUGACUUAUUAGUAACUUUGCCACCAGGAAGAUUGACGAAGCAGAAGAUGAUGACUGUGAAUGAUAUAGUGCACAGUCCGCUGUUUCUUAAUGUGGAUUGUAGAGCAAUUUUAUUGCCCAGGAUAACGAUUCUUGUCCGUGAUCUUCUCGAGGCUAAAGAAGAGGGGCUGUCAGGUACGCCUGGAAAAAGCGUGGCGAAGGUAGCCAGGCUGCUUGGCGAAAACCGACAUCGACUGAACCAACACCGUGGCUACUCCGAAGAGGUAGAACUAUGCGUCAAGAUCCUAUCGGACAUUUUGGAAUUGACAUUUAGAAAUGACAUAGGUGCAACGACGUCCGAUGUCAAGGAAAUCAUGCUGACCGCAUUGAGGACAAUUAUACAAACUGUUAUAUCGAUGGAUAGAGAAAAUCCUUUGGUAGGAAAUUUGGUUUCGGUCAUGCUUGCCAUAUUCAGGCAAAUGACACAGCAUCACUACGAGGUGUACAUCAAUCAUUUCGGCACACGUUUCGACUUACUCGAUUUUCUUAUGGAAAUUUUGCUGGUAUUUAAAGACUUAGUCUCAAGAAGUGUCUUUCCCGGUGACUGGUGUGAAAUGAUUAUGCUGCAGAACAGUGUAAUCCUAAAGUCCCUGCGUUUCUUCUCAGCCACGAUAAGAGACUAUUUUUUCAAAGAUUUCGAGCAACAGGCUUGGUCCAAUUUCUUCCACUGCGCAAUAGCUUUUCUGACUCAGCCAACACUUCAAUUAGAUACAUUCAGUCCAACAAAGCGUAAUCGCAUUGUUAUGCGCUACAACGAUAUGCGGAGGGAAACCGCUUUUGAAAUCCGAUCAAUGUGGUUCAAUCUGGGACAGCACAAGAUUUUAUUCGUACCUGCCUUGGUUGGUGCCAUAUUGGAGAUGACAUUGAUACCUGAAAGCGAACUCAGGAAGGCUACAAUACCAAUAUUCUUUGACAUGAUGCAAUGUGAAUUUUACAGUUCACGCAUUGUCGAAGGUUAUGGCGAUACGAAGCGAGAUCCUGCUCAUAUUAAGGCAAACUUUAUGGAAUACGAGAAUGAGAUGAUUGCGCAACUCGAUAUCUUGGUUGAAGGUGGUCGAGGGGACGAACAUUUUCGUGUUUUAUGGGUACAAGUUAUGGGAGCACUUUGCGAAAAUCAUUCGACGAUGCGCGAUCAGGGUUUGCGCUUUGUAGACACUGUAGCUAAAUUGAUGGAGAGGCUUUUGCAAUAUCGUGACAUAAUUCAUGCGGAAUCACAAGAGCACCGCAUGUUGUGCACUGUUAAUUUACUGGAAUUUUACUCGGAAAUUAAUAGGAAGGAAAUGUACAUUAGAUACGUGAAUAAGCUCUGCGAGUUGCAUUUAGAGUGUGACAAUUAUACGGAAGCUGCGUAUUCAUUAAAAUUACAUAGCCAAUUGCUGGCAUGGAGUGAUCAACCUCUCCCACCUUUACUGAGAUCGCAUAGGUAUCCACACUGUCAAACGCAUCGAGAAUUAAAAGAAGCAUUGUACAACGACAUGAUUGAAUAUUUCGAUAAAGGAAAGAUGUGGGAAUGCGCGCUCAGCGUAUGUAAGGAAUUGGCAACACAAUACGAAGAAGAGACUUUUGAUUAUUCGCAGUUGUCCAUUCUACUCAGACGAAUGGCUAAAUUUUAUGAUUCCAUAGUUAAACAACUUAGACCAGAACCAGAAUAUUUUCGAGUUGCCUAUUAUGGUCGUGGGCAUCCACCGUUUCUUCAGAAUAAAGUAUUCGUUUAUCGUGGAAAGGAAUACGAACGACGCAGCGACUUUUGUUCGCGAACUCUGAAUCAAUUGCCGAAUGCUGAGCAGAUGAAAGAAUUAUCUCCGCCCAGUGAAGAUAUACUCGAUUCAAAUAGCCAAUAUGUUCAAAUUAAUAAAGUGGACCCAUUAAUGGAUGAGAAGAGGCAUCGCCUUAGUGGUAAACCUGUCACUGCCGAAGCUGUAUUGAGGUAUCACCGUGUUAACGACAUACAACGGUUCCGAUUUUCGCGACCAGCACCUAGAAAGAAUACACUAGUGAACUCAUCGCAACCUGGGAACAAUGACAAGGAGCCUAUCAGUGGCGGCGGCGUCAGUAAUGAAUUUGCUUCGCUAUGGCUGGAAAGAACAGUCCUUGUCACGAGUCAUCCUUUACCUGGAAUAUUGAGAUGGUUUCCAGUGACGUCCAGUGAGACGUAUCUAGUCAGUCCUCUGCGCAACGCUAUCGAAACAAUGGAAUCCACGAAUACUGCCCUGAGGGAUCUUAUCAUCGCGCACAAGGCUGAUUCCACUCUGCCGUUAAAUCCAUUGAGUAUGAAACUUAACGGUGUACUGGAUCCAGCGGUGAUGGGCGGCGUUGAUAACUACGAGAAAGCCUUUCUUAAUCCUGAUUAUCGAAACGAUCAUCCGGAUGAAAGCUCUGAUCUUUUAAAAUUAGAAGGUCUCAUUGCCGAGCAGAUACCCCUCUUAGGCGUUGGAGUGCAAGUGCAUAAAGUGAGGGCGCCGCCUGAACUUUUACCUUUCCAUCAGCACUUAGAACAAUGUUUUAAUUCCAUGAGAAGUCAUGUAGAAGCCAAGUACGGUAAAAGGACUUGCGAUCUGCAAAUUGAGACUUUAACUCAAACUGUCACCAUGCGAAAACAUCCAACUUCCAGAGGGGAGUCACAUCGACUGUCCGAAACCAGUGUAAUCAGCACAGACUGCGGGUCACGCUCCAGAGUAUCUUCACUCACAAGAUCACAAGUGGCAACCCUCAAGUCACUCGCAUCCUUCAAUUUUAACAACAGCUCACCCAUGUCUGGUGUUCCAAACGUCAGCGUUACAAGAAACAGCUCGGUGCGUUCCCACAUAUUAUCAUCGGCAUCGCUGCAAAAAGCUCUGGGCAAUCCAAGUCCUGGGACAAAUAAGAAAAAGGACUCGAAACGCAGAAGUUCACGCAAAAGUGACUCCUCCUCGACGAACAAGAAUGACCAGCCUACCAGUCAGUGGUACACAACUCCGGAAUUGAUCCAGAAUUCUUCGUCUGUGAUCGUCUCUUCCGCCAGCCCCUUACCCACGCCAAUAUUUGAACUUCGCCAAGAGUUAACGCCAAAGCGACCACUGAGACCCGAAGCCGAUAAGGAGCGCAGAAUAAGCAGUCGCUGGUCUGGACAAUCUCAGCAUUUUCUGAGAAAUUCAAAUAACGGGAUGGAGCCAAGUGGCUUGGGAAAAGGCAACAGGGACAGCGUCGGAACGACAGACAGUACAGCUUCCGAGGAUGAUCCACCACCUCCGUUACCAGUGAAAACUCGCGAAGCUGAUUACUGUAAUCUACCAGAAGAUACACCUGUGCCUUAUCGGCAAACGAGCAGGUUCAACAGCGUGAACCGUUCGAUUAGCUACCGAAUUAAGAGUAAGCUUCCUACGCCAUCGGAGAACGUAGACAAUCAUAGUGUACCACCAACACCACCGCCAAAACCAAAAAGGCCACCACAUAGCUUGAACCAGGUCUUGCUGGCUGCUACCGCUGGCGAUGUGGAUGGCUCGGCGGAAGAUUCAUCCGUUGCAUAAAUUAAGGAGCCCCUUCAUAGAUCCAUUGCAAACGACGACUCAUUGACUCAUUCCAUGUGAAAAAGAAACAUUCGGCCUUUUAAAUAGGUAGACCUUGUUUGAGGAAACCACUCGUUUAGAAUGCUCCCAAGUAUUUCAACUUCCUAAAGUUCUAUAGCUUUCUGUUUUCAAGAAUUUUGUUUGUUUUGCAAAACGACACACGGGCGUACCUAAUGAUGAUUUUAAAACUAGUAACGUUGUUUACUUAUUAUGUUAAUAUAGGAGUUACUCGAGUGUCUCGUCGAGUAACUAAAGCUCAUGUAACGAGUAUGAGGAGGGACAACUGUUAAGAGUUCCACUUGAGUAGCCAGACGUAAAGUAUUAUAAAAUUACAAGAUGAAAAAGACAAGUAUAGCACAUCACUUUUAGACACGCGCUGCUUCCCAGCUGUUCUCCGCCCAUGACCUCUCCCCAGUAAUACCGUUACGUUAUUUAAUAUGAAUUAUAAUCGCUAUACGAUAUGCAUAAUACUCGAAAUAAUUGUCGCGUGUUACAAUAAUUCAUUCCAUUAGCUUUCUUUUAAUUGAUAUUCGAGCCGCUUCUCGAAUACUUAUCUUCUGAUUAUCCUGAAGGACGGGAACUACUGAAUCAUCAGAUGAAUCCGUUUCAUAAUACAAAUCUGCCAACACUUAUUACUACAAGUUUAGAUAAUAUCUACUCUCGUCUUCUCAUGGGAAGUGAAACGCCACAAAUAUAUACGUAGUGUAAUUAGAUAAAAGAAGACACAAUUUCGAGCUAGGUGCAAAAGUUUUUUUUUGCCGCUGACGCUCAAGUCUCUCUUGUAUAGUUAAGUGUUCUUGAUGAAGGCUGAUAUACAGUCGCAUAGCCAUGCGUAAGAUUCAUUUGAUUUCGCCAGGAAGCGUAAUGUUAAAAUUUACGCAACGUGAGAAUUAUUUUUCGCGGUGAACAAAGUAGGGUACAUACUAUUUCGUCGAAAGGGUUAAGGGUUGUUAAUCGUACUUGUCAAGUUAUAAUUACCAUUUCAUUAUUCAUACCAAAGAGACCAUUAGCAUUAUUUAUUCGAAUUGUCAACCAAUCGCGCACAUAUUGACAGCACGAUGGCACAUGUAUUGCGUACCGCAAUGUAUGACGUAGGAGUGGCCGAAAAGAAAAAGAAAGAGAAAUGAAGGAGGAAAGAAAACAAACGGGCAGGAUUUUCCAUAGGUGCACAUAUGUCUGCCUGUGUGUAUGAAAGCGAACAAGAAAUAGAAUUAUUUAUGGAAUGUAAUGACCGCUAGUCUGCUCACUAUGAUAAUAGAUAUCAGAUAACCAAAUUUUUGUUACUAUGUGUUACAUAAAUUUAUUACAUAUAUAUUCAGAGAAUUUUUAAUAACGAUACACUGAGCAUAAAGUUGCGAUAAGAAAAAAAUGACAAUAGUGCCAUUUUAUUUUUUUAAAAGCUUAUUGUAAUUAUUGACUAUUAGUUAGGGACCAACCGGCGCGUUAGCAUUUUAUACCGAAGCUAAACCUAUAUUUGUUCAUUGUUAUACAUUGUCAUUUUAUACAUAAUAUAUUGCAAUAAUUCACAACGUA